GUUUUUACAAUUUUUGUUCCUCGGGUGCGGGCUAUAUAUUGCCUACCCAUCCCCUUCCAUUCACCUCUGCCUCACCUCUCCUUGUGUCUUGGUUCUUGUGUCUGUUUGUUACUUUUCACCCGGCCUCUUUUAGGUGAAGAAGCUAAGAAACAUCCCCCAACAGUUUCACAAAACGAAAAAAAAAAAAAACACCCGACUUUUAAGAAAGAACACCGACAGCCAAGAUGCCCGGCUCCGUCGUCGGGACGGCCGACGUCUCGCGCGUUGAGGCCCCCAUCACCUUCAAGGCCUACCUCGUUUGUGCCUUUGCCGCCUUUGGUGGUAUCUUCUUUGGUUAUGAUACAGGAUGGAUGGGUGGUGUCCAGGGCAUGCCCUACUUCAUCAGCAUGUACACCGGCAUGCAGUACGACUACGACCUCAAGCAGCCUAUUGGCGUUGAUGCAUCGGAUUUCGUUCUUCCCGACCAAACAAAAUCUCUCAUGACCUCUAUCCUGUCUGCUGGUACCUUCUUUGGCGCUCUUAUUGCUGGUGAUAUCGCCGACUUCAUUGGCCGUCGUCCCACCAUUAUCGCUGGCUGUGGUGUCUUCUCUAUCGGUGCUGUCCUGCAAGUGGCUUCCACCAACCAGGAGGCCCUCAUGGUUCUCGGCCGUCUGAUUGCUGGUCUUGGUGUUGGUUUCAUCUCGGCCAUCAUCAUCCUCUACAUGUCCGAGAUCGCCCCCAAGAAGGUCCGUGGUGCCAUGGUCUCGGGAUACCAGUUCUGCAUCACCAUUGGUAUCCUGCUGGCCAACUGCGUCGUCUACGCCACCCAGAACAGGAACGACACCGGAUCAUACCGUAUCCCCGUGGCCAUUCAGUUCCUUUGGGCCAUCAUCCUUGCCAUCGGUCUGUUCCUCCUGCCCGAGUCUCCUCGUUACCACGUCAAGAAGGGCUUGCUCGACCAGGCCGCUAAGGACCUCUCCAUCAUCCGUGGUCAGCCUGUCGACUCGGACUACAUCAAGGAUGAGCUUGCCGAAAUCGUCGCCAACAACGAGUACGAGAUGGCUCACAUUCCCCAGACCAGCUACAUCGGCUCGUGGACUGCGCUGUUCAAGGGCUCCCUGUCCAAGGGCAACAGCAACAUUCGCCGUACCCUCCUCGGUGUCGGUAUGCAAAUGAUGCAACAGCUCACGGGUAUCAACUUCAUUUUUUACUUUGGUGUUCCCUUCUUCCAGCAGCUCGGCACCAUCCAGGACCCCUUCCUGAUGAGUCUGGUCACCACCUUGGUCAACGUUUGCUCUACCCCAAUCUCGUUCUGGUCCAUUGAGAAGUUUGGUCGUCGUUUCCUCCUCAUCUACGGAGCCCUGGGUAUGAUCAUUUGCCAGUUCAUCGUCGCCAUUCUCGGUGUCACUGAGGGCCGUGCCGAGGCCAACAACUCCAGCGCCGUCCAGGCCAUGAUUGCCUUCAUCUGCAUCAACAUCAUGUUCUUCGCCAUCACCUGGGGUCCCACCGCCUGGGUCAUUGUUGGUGAGACCUUCUCCCUGCCCAUCCGCUCGCGUGGUGUCGGUAUCUCGACCGCCUCCAACUGGUUCUGGAACUGCAUCAUCGGCAUCAUCACCCCCUACAUGGUCGGUGAGAGUGACGGCUCGGCCGGUCUGGGCUCCAAGGUGUUCUUCAUCUGGGGCAGUCUGUGCUGCGGCUCGCUCGCCUUUGCCUACUUCCUCGUCCCCGAGAUGAAGGGUCUCUCCCUGGAGCAGGUCGACAAGAUGCUCGAGGAGACCACUCCCCGCAAGUCCAAGAGCUGGAUCCCCACCUCCACCUUCGCCGCCGACAUGGGUCACACCCACGGCGAGAAGAGCGGCAUUGUCACCAGCGAGGCUCCCAAGGAGGAGACCGUUUAAAGAAAAAAACGUCUUUUUUUUAAUUGGCAAAUCCCUGUAAUCUCCAACAUUUGCUUCGUCAGCCAUCUUUUUGGCCGGCCAGUGUCAUUUGAUUUGAGAUCGAAGAAAAAGGGAUACAUUGGCUUUUGACUGUUGGUCUCCUAUGUCCGCUAUUGCGGUAGGAUGACGCUAAGAACCUUACAUGAUACCAUCUCUUAUAUAUAUAAUACAAAUCCAAUUCGGUUUUAA